UGUUCAUCAGUUGUUAUAACCGUUCGCGGCGCGCGCACGCGCACUCAGAAAUGGUGCGCACGUGUUGUCUCCUAGUCGUCGUGCUGAUGAUAGUUAGCGCCGAGGAUGCCGGCAAGUCCUCAAAGGUGCUGGAUGCUCAGAUGCAUCCAGCUUACAUCCCGUCCGCGGAGAAACAUGCCUCCUUCUGGCGGAAGACCGCAGCUGACACCCUCAAGUCCAAGUUGAAAGAGAAGAAGAAUACGAAUAAAGCGCAGAACGGAAUACUCUUCAUUGGCGAUGGAAUGUCGCUGGCUACCGUCAUGGCCGCUAGGACGUACGCUGGACAGCUCGAGAGGGAGCUGGGAGAAGACAAUGUGUUGAACUUCGAGAAGUUUCCGGUGACGGGAUUGGCCAGGACGUACUGCCUCGACGCGCAAGUGCCGGACUCCGCGUGCACCGCCACGUCCUACCUCACGGGCGUCAAGACAAUGUAUGGCGUCAUCGGCCUGGACGGCAACGUGACCAGAGCCUCCUGCCACAGCCAGCUGUAUCAACCCAACCGUGUGUCGUCUAUUGGACAGUGGGCGCUGGACAAGGGGUUAGAUGUUGGUAUUGUCACCACAACUCGGGUGACGCACGCCUCUCCCGCGGGCAUGUACGCUCACACCUCCGAGAGGAACUGGGAGUCAGAUGUCGACAUACCUGAGGAGUGUCGGACCCUCGGCUGCAGGGACAUCGCGUACCAGCUCGUGAAUGAGAACCCUGGACGACAGUUUAAGGUGAUAAUGGGUGGUGGUCGUCGGGAGCUGACUCCGAACCUCACCACGCCACUGGGCAACAGCAACGGCAAGCGGCUGGAUGGAGUAGACCUGACAGACGUGUGGCAUGUGGACAAGGUGGAGAAAAACGCCACCCACCAGUACGUCACGGAUCGGAGUGAGCUGAUGAAGGUAUUCAAUUCGGACGACUUACCAGAGUACCUCCUCGGGCUGUUCCACAACGACCACAUGGACUACCACCUCAAAGCCAAAGACCAACCAACCCUGGAGGAGAUGGUGGAAGUCGCCAUCAAGAUGCUGAGCAGGAAUCCCAGGGGAUACUUCCUUUUCGUUGAAGGAGGCAGAAUAGACCAUGCCCACCACGACAGCCUAGCUCAAUUAGCUCUGGACGAAACAGUGGAAUACUCCAAAGCUGUCCAAAAAGCGAGAGACCUGACUAACGAAGAGGAUACCCUGAUAGUCGUCAGCUCCGACCACGCGCAUACCAUGACAGUAGCUGGUUAUCCAUCCCGAGGCAAUGAUAUUCUGGGAGUGGUAGAUACUACUAACGGUGAUGAUGGAAUACCGUAUACCACCAUCAGCUAUGCCAACGGAAAGGCUGCAUCUAUAUCGCCUGAAGGCAAACGAGUGGAUGUAACGACUCAUGAAGGAUUCAAAUCACGUGACGUAAACUACGCGUACCCUAGCCUGACGCCGCUCGAUUCAGAGACCCACGGAGGUGAAGACGUAGCAGUAUUCGCCCUAGGACCCUGGCAGCACCUCUUCACAGCCAGCUACGAGCAGGUUCUGGUACCACAUAUGAUGGCAUACGCGAUGUGUCUCACAGACAAUCCUCAUGAAAACUGCAACUUGGAGAUUCCCGAGAGACAAGGGCCUUUCUGGUCGUCUAGUAGUUUUAGUAUUACGCCUAAUAAGUAUUAUUUGUUAAGUUUGAGCGCUGUGAUAUUUGUUUUAAGAUAUUAAAUAGCUUAGUCAAUGCGGCAAGUA